CCAGGCAGCCCCCUAUUAUUAUUGUAAGAAUAAUUUCACUUAUGAAAAUGGCGGCGAGUCAGGGAGCUGUUGGAUCAGCGGCGGCUCUCCAGAGCCAGCCUUACCCGAACGUUGCCCACUGGAACCCGGGCGUGAUGCAGCAGCAGCACCCGCUUCACACUGCCCGCAGCCUGGAGCGCGCGCUGGAGGAUGCCGUCUGCUCCGGGAUGCUCAACAUCAGCGGGAGGAAACUGCGCGACUACCCGGGGCUCAACUACGAUCUGACCGACACUACACUAGCAGACUUGUCGAAAAACCGUUUUUGUGAAAUUCCCCCAGAAGUUUGUAUGUUUGCACCACUGGAGUCAUUAAACCUCUACCACAACUGCAUAAAGACCAUUCCAGAGGCCAUUGUCAACCUACAGAUGCUCACUUACUUGAACAUCAGUCGAAAUCAGCUUUCUGUUCUCCCCAAGUUUCUCUUCAAUCUUCCUCUGAAAGUGCUGGUGGUCAGCAACAAUAAACUCCCUUCUGUUCCUGAGGAGAUCGGAAAGGCCAAAGACCUCAUGGAACUGGACAUCAGCUGUAAUGAGAUCCAGGUGCUUCCUGCUCAGAUGGGGAAACUCCUCGCGUUACGAGAGCUUAACAUACGGAGAAACUGUCUACAAGUGUUACCAGAUGAACUGUCCGAUCUGCCAUUGAUCAGGCUGGAUUUUUCUUGUAAUAAGAUCACAGAGAUUCCCAUUUCUUACCGCAAACUCAAGCAGUUACAGCACAUCGCACUCGACAACAACCCCAUGCAGUCUCCUCCUGCUCAGAUCUGCCUGAAGGGAAAGAUCCACAUCUUCAAGUAUCUGAACCUGCAGGCAUGUCGUCUGGAUAAAAAGCCUGACACACUUGACCUGCCUUCUCUGGGAAAACGCUGUUUACCUCAGCAGCUGACUGACAGUAUGGAAGAUUUCUAUCCUAGUAAAAACCACGGCCCUGACUCAGGUAUUGGCAGUGACAAUGGUGACAAAAGACUGUCGACUACAGAGCCAUCUGAUGAUGACACCAUGAGUCUCCACUCUCAAGUGUCAGAAACGGCGCGGGCUGACGCACACAUUCUGCUCACAAAGCUUGACUCAAACAAAGAUCAGGACCCGUAUGACUUUAUUGACCCCAAUCCAGAUGAAGAGGGCACUUUGUCUGAGGGCGAUCUACAGCACAAUGCACCUUAUGUGUCAUGUAUAAAGGAGCUGGAGCGGGUCCUGAAAACACACCAAAGCAAAGACAAAGAGAACUGGAAAGAGGAGUCAGGCUCGGAGAAAGAGCAGUUAGCUGAAGAAGAGGAGGAUGACCUGAAGGAAGUGUUGGAUCUGAGGAAGAUCGCAGUGCAGCUGCUCCAACAAGAGCAACAGAACAGGAGGCGGUCCCUAAUUUGUAGGGCAGAGAGUCUGAUACAUCGUAGAAGAGCAGCGGGCAGAGCUCACAGGUUUCUCAGCCACUCAGGGAGCAGCACCAAACAGAGAUCUCCAUCUCAGACUGUUAGAAGUGCGUCUCUAGAUGAAGGAACCAGCUCUGCAUCAGCAUUCAGUGGACAGGAGACUGAUCUCACUGAUGAAGAUGCAGCUUUCUCUGAGCCUUCUUCCUCUUGCUCACUUGACGGAAGUUUAAAAUCAGAGAGCAGUGACUCAGAACCAAGAUGGCCAGAGGUUCCUCCUGUGCUCAACCAGAAUGAGGAUCGUAGAAGAAACAAGUACCUGAGAAAAGACUACCUGAAGUACAAGUGCCAAAGUGCCCGGAGAAACUCCAGUGGCAACGACAUCGAUUGUGAGGAGGGAAUGCGGUCUAAUGAUUUCUCCACAACUCUCACUGUCUUCGGUCUGAAACCCAGAUCAGCCUUCUCCCGUGGAAACCGUCAAGACUUCAGCUCCACAGACCCAAGCUUCACCAUGAGGAGGAAGAUGGAGCACCUUAGGGAGGAGAUGGAGCAGAUCAAACUUUUGCGGCAGAACCUCGAGUCAAGGUUAAAGGUUUUAUUGCCAGAUGACGUGGGCGCUGCGCUGAUGGAUGGUGUCGUUUUAUGCCAUCUAGCCAAUCACAUUCGUCCCCGUUCGGUCGCCAGUAUUCAUGUACCCUCCCCUGCCGUGCCAAAGCUAAGUAUGGCCAAAUGUCGGCGCAAUGUGGAGAAUUUCUUGGAUGCUUGUAAAAAGCUUGGAGUGCCACAGGACCAGUUGUGUUUGCCACAUCACAUUCUGGAGGAGCGAGGUCUGGUAAAAGUCGGCGUCACCGUUCAGGCUCUGCUAGAUCUUCCGUCAUCGAAACCCAAUCAACUUUCCACCAUGUAGCACCGCUAGAUCAUCUCAUCUUUCUGUAUCCUGCCUUACCACCUCAUCCCGUCCCUUCUCUGUCAAUGCUGAUCUUUGACCUACCAUGGGGAGACCACGACCCUUCAGGCCGGCAAUUUCCCCCUACCUCUAAUAAGCCUCUCUGGAGGGCUCGAGACCUUUUAAUGCUCUGUUGGAGAGGAAUCGCAAGUUAAAGCCACACUUUUUAUUCCGAGGGGAAAUAUCUGUUUAUAUUUCACAGCUGGACACUUUUUUGUUUGGGUGUCUUCUUCUCAUCUGUCUGGUGUUCACUCUUCUCUUGGACCGGUGAGCCCACAGCGGGUGAGGACAGGAGAAACGCAUGCAGCUUUAUGACUGAUUCUGGAACAGAGGGAUGGUGUUAUAUCAAUGCCACCACAACCCUCUUCUGUAUGAAGUCAACAAGAGCUGUCUGUCAUUCAGUUUCGUCGUGUCUGUCUCAAAAAAAUGAGUGGGGAAGGAACAUCUGUUGCACGUUCAACCAGGCGAGCACAGAGUUGGCAUACAAAGGUAUCACGGCGAUCAGGUGAGUCACGGGCAGAGCUUUAGACAAGAUUUAUGUUUGAUAUCACGUGCCUGCACAAGACAAAGACGUUUUCAUGCUCUUACGUGCAUUCAGAUGUUUUUGUAACUGGUUUGCCCACACGUUCUGUUUAGCUUUUCGAGUUCUCAUGAACAGUCUGGAAUUCACAACAGAGUUCCUGAACGUUUCACACGUGCCAGUCUGUAAUUGCAUAUCAUAAAAUUGGGACUCUUCAGGUUGCAGGCCUGAGCAGGAAUGAAUAGUGAAUAGUCUCAGCUCAAACUAGGUCAGUUAUUUAUAUAAAGUGCUGCAUGAAAGUCUGUGAACCCACUGUGGAAUUGGUGAAAAUGUGGAUAAUGGUAACACGAAAAGAUUAAUGUUAUUGCAGGACACUUGUGAGACUCAAACACAACUAUUACAAUAGAGUUUUAGAUUUUAGCUCCAACUUGCCUUAACACACCUGCAAGCUUGAUUAGCUAGCCCAGGUGUGUCGAAUUGGGGUUGGAACUAAACUUUGCAGGACAACAACCCUCCAGGACUAAGUAUGGACACCGCUGGAAUAAAGGAUAAAAAGGAAACGCGAUGGGUUAAGAAAACUUAAUGUUAAGACAACUUUUGGAAUUUGAAGAUACUCCUGCCAUUUCCACACUUGUUUUUGUUUAAUGAACAUAUAUUUAUUUAAAUUUUGACCACACUAAUGCCGAGUUCAGACUGCAUGAUUUUAGCUCCGAUUUUGACUCGCAGGCAAAUCGGUGCUCGUGCACGAGAGUGUCAAUCACACAGUAUGAACUAUCAAAGACGCGAUCUGAGUGAAUCGCAGAUGAGUUGCCGAUGCCUGUGAGGUAUUUGGCAUGCUAAAUAUCUGAAGCUGUCGGCGAUUCAAAUCAUGCCAUGUGAAAUGAGGAGUUUUGACUGAAAAUAACAUCGGCGAUCACCUAGAGCAGUGGUUCUCAAACAUUUUUCAUCAAGUACCACCUCAGAAAAAAAAUUGUCUCUCCAAGUACCACCAAAAUGAGUAGUAUUAAAAUACCGCAGCGCAUUAGGCCCAGUAAAGCAGCUAUAACUCUGCACAGUUAAAAAAUGUGGCAGAUUAC